GAUGUUUUCCCAGAUGCAUAUCGUAGGGUAACGGCGCCAAAGUGGUGCGGAAAAUUAUGUAUCCAAAAGACGAGUGACCCAGGGGGAAGUAAUUUAUAUGCUCAGUUCUAUUCUACUGAAUAUUUGCAUCUCUUAGAAGAUAUUUUUCAGAUCACAUUCCAUGGGAGAGAAAUUGUUGUGGACACCAAGUUGGAGCUCAAUCGAGGAAGACGAUAUGGCUUGAUUGGUCUCAACGGGAGCGGUAAAUCAACCAUCAUGCAUGCCAUAGUUAAUCGAGAGCUUCCUAUACCUGACAGCGUUGAUAUGUACUUGGUGUCACGUGAAAUGCCUGCUUCUAACACAACUGCUUUGCAAGCAGUGGUUGAUGUUGAUACAGAGCGGAAGGAACUGGAGCAUCUCGCCGAGGAACUCGCUGGAAAUGACGACGACGAGAGCCAGGAGAGGCUUAUGGAUAUUUAUGAACGAUUGGAUGAUAUGGAUGCAACUCUGGCGGAAAAAAGAGCUGCUGAAAUUCUCCAUGGUCUUGGGUUCACGAAAACUAUGCAAAUGAAAAAAUGCAAAGAUUUCUCAGGUUUGAUUUCGAAGCUUUUGAUUCGCUACACUUAUUCAUUUAUGUCAUCUAGUUUAGGAGGAUGGCGGAUGCGAAUAGCUUUAGCCCGAGCACUUUACUUGAAACCUUCUUUGUUACUCCUCGACGAGCCUACGAACCAUCUUGAUCUCGAAGCUUGCGUUUGGCUUGAAGGAGAGCUUAGUCGAUAUAAAAGAACACUGCUUAUUGUUUCUCAUUCACAAGAUUUUAUGAAUGGUGUUUGUACGAAUAUUAUUCACCUUUUCCAGAAGAAACUAGUUUAUUACACGGUGAAACAAUUCUAUUUCUUCGACGCUGGCCCGAUUCCACCUCCAGUUAUUAUGGUGCAACAUGUAUCGUUCCGUUAUAGUGAUACUACGCCAUGGAUCUAUAGGAAUAUUGAUUUUGGGAUUGAUCUCGAUACACGUGUAGCAUUGGUUGGACCAAAUGGAGCAGGGAAGUCUACUUUACUGAAGCUGCUCUGUUCUGAUGUGAUGCCCACCGAUGGUCUUAUCAGGCGACAUUCUCAUGUUAAAAUUGGCCGCUACCAUCAGGUACAAGAUUCAGAAUGCAAAUAG